UGAGGUCACUUGAGCGCUGAGAAUAUCACGCGUACUGUAGAGCGCGUUCACACAGCAAAUCAGCCUCCAGAGCAACGACUUUACUUUUUUACCCCUUCCUUGAAUGCAGUCCGAAAAGUAGUAUUUCAGUCACAGACCGUUUGAGAGAGAAUAGAGGAAGAAUCUUUCAAACCUUUGAGUCGCUUUCAAGAGAAUGGAUGUUUUGUAUGGAAAAGACUUGCAGAUACUUUUUCUCAAUUUAGCAUUUCCUUCAACAGAAUAAUUUUGGAUUUUUCUCAUCUCGUUUUUUUCAUCGAAUUCAACAGUAAUGACACCGACAAACACUCUUUCUGGAAUAUAGCGUCUAUGAGGUUUUUGUGAUUAUUCGGACGUACUUUCUGGUACAGAUUUUUUGUUUGAAGUGUUGUAUAUUAUAAGAACAUGAGUGUACAAUGGAGCAGUCCCGUGCCGUGCAUUCGCACUGGGAGAUCUGGACACAAACGCGUUGAUACCGAUGAGCCGGUGGCAAAAUGCGCCAGGCUCAGCGAAUCCUCUGGCGAUUCGGGUCUCUUGGGAAGCUCACCAGGGUCUCCCGUGUGCGCUGCUCCCUUGUGUGGCACCCCAACCCACCAGGGUCCAACCCGUAUUGGUCAGUUUCUACUCUUGCCGUUAGCUGAUAGGAGUGGAGUACACAGCGCACUGGACAUGGACACCGGAGAGGAACUGGUGUGCAAGGUGUUUGAUAUAGGUUUAUACCAGGAAAAGAUAAGGGCCUACAGUAUGCUGCCUGGGCACAGGAACAUUGCCAAAAUCAAAGAUAUUGUCCUUGGGGAGCAAAAGGCCUAUGUGUUCCAGGAGAAGGAUUUUGGGGAUAUGCACACCUUUGUAAAGAGCUGUAAGCGACUAUCUGAGGACCAGGCCUCUAAACUCUUCUACCAGGUGGCAUCUGCUGUCGCCCACUGCCACCAGGCCGGUAUUGUCCUUGGAGACCUCAAGCUACGAAAGUUUGUCUUCUCAGACGAGAAAAGGACUCAUUUGAAACUGGAGGGUCUGGAAGACUGCCGCAUACUGGCCGGAGCAGAGGACUCCGUCUCAGACACCCACGGCUGCCCGGCCUACGUCAGCCCUGAAAUCCUGAACGGCGGAGGCAGCUACUCCGGCAAGCAGGCAGACGCCUGGAGCAUGGGAGUCAUGCUCUACACCAUGUUAGUGGGCCGUUACCCAUUCCAUGACCCAGAUCCCGCCACCCUGUUCUCCAAGAUCAGGCGGGGCCAGUACUGCCUACCAGAGGGUCUCUCUCUCAAAGCCCGGUGCCUGCUGCGCAGCCUGCUCAGGAAGGAGCCUGGAGAGAGGCUCACGGCCGCGGAAGUACUCAUUCAUCCGUGGUUCCAUGGCAACACACAGGACAACACGGGGGGUAGCGAGCAGGAUGUCAGCUCCACAGAACAGACCGUGCCCCAGAUCGAUCUGGAACCAGAGGAUGACCUCUUCUGCUGAUAAACUCUCUGGCGCUUGA